AUGGUCGCCAUUCAACUUCUUACCUCUUUCCUCGUGGCUCUUUCAGCUAUAGCACCAAAAGCUCUAUGUGCUACAUUACCACAUAAUCCCCAUACAGAGUUGGAUUUCGGCCCAAUCUUUGAUCCCUUAACUUUCAACGACACUUCCUUCGAGUCCGGGAGCAGUGUUCUCGAUGCGAUAUUCAACGAUCCCGAAAUCCCGUUUACGGAAACACCAGCUGAUAAUAUAGACCUUUCUGGUGAUACCGACCACAAUAAUCUAGAAAAGCGUGCGCUCAAACGAUACAAUUAUCUUAAAUGGAAAGUAACCUUAACUGGCUACAUAAACUCUGUCAAUUACGUCGGCGAGAGGGGCAAUCCGGUCACAUUUCAAGUUACCUCGGCGGACGUUUACGUCUUCGAUAAAAUCAGGAAGAACGCGAAGGAUAUUAUCAUCAAGUGGCGAAAUCCUAAUGGAGGCCAAGCCCUUCCCGGGUGUAUCUACUGGAUGACAAACAGAAGGCUCUACAAAUUCCUCGCACCAGGAGAUAGAACUGAACCCAAUAUCUACACUGAUACUGUCCCUACGAUUGUGGAAAAGAAGAAUCAAUUAUAUGCAUGGGAGACCUAUAGAGCAGGCAAAGAUUAUAAUCGUUGGAAUCAGUUCUCAGCAAGGUACCAGUGGUUCAUAGGCUGGGGGCUACCCGAUACUAUCAGGAGUGGUGGAGCGAGGUUCAACUGGGCUGCUACUGGUGUGCAGAAGAUGAACGGGGAGAUAUAUGUUCAGUCCCUUGGUUAUCCAUAUCGGCAUACCUUUUACUACGCCAAGGUCUCCGGUCAGUUUCAGUUAAAGGGUUAUGCAAACUUGUAA